GUCGUUGAUAAACUCCACAAUGUCCACCUCGUGCUCCGUUUCAAAGUGUCAGGUUGUUUAUAUUGGGCUUUGUCUGGAAAAUGUCCCAGUCCAAACUGAUCGUGUCCAUUGACAGCAUAAUCCUCUCGCAUGCGGCGCCCACUGACUGUCUCGUGCUAUCAAGAGAAGUCAACAAGUCAUUUAGUACCGCCUUCGCCGUCGGCCAACUUACGGCCGGAUCACUGAAAGGCCCGCAACUUCUAUCUCAGAACAUCUUCACCUGGACAAACGAAUUCCAAAUCACAGCUUGGAAAUCUUACGAGGAUGGACCGUUUGCGGCAGCUGUUUGCAACUCAGUUCAGAUUGAAUUCCAGCAAACAACACGAUUUAUCGAUUGCGCCUUCGAGCCGGCAAAGCCCUCGGAAACACAGGACUGGACCAACCCACCGCAAAAGACCUUCGCCAUAGAGAACCUGGAACCCUACUUCCGAGUUGGCGUCUCGCAGCGCGCACGACCUGAAGGUCUCUUCUUCCCAAUAUACACAAGCCCUGAUGCAGACAGCUUGCAGGUCCGAACGGAAAUCUACAUCAGUGACAAGUUUGCUUUGUUCUGGCUGAAGUCCCCUGUGGAAGCAGGAAAUGCGAUUCUUCUGCCAGACAAGAGCAAGGUCCAUACAGUCAUAGUCCUAGGAAACAGGCCACAACAUGUUCGGUAUGGGUAUAUUACACCGGACAAGCCUGGGGCAGACGAAGUUCCAGGUUGGUUUCAAGAGCCGGUACCACGCAUACUUUUAUCUAUCAGCCCUGCCACGCUCGUGAAGACUACCUUUCAGCUCGAGAUCGAUAUCGAUGAUUCAAUUCUGAAAAUGGGCGCUACCGACAAACUCUUAUGUGCCCGCAAGGUCGACGGCAUGUUUAGUAGCGUUUUCGAUGGAUACAGUAUUGCGCCCAACAAGGGGGAGAAGCAACUACUUUCAAAGAACUCCUUCCAAUGGAGCGCAGAACGUAUUGAUACGUCGGAUCAUGCGCUGCAGCCCCAGAGUGAGUCUAGUACUUUCUUAUGUGGCACAACGAGGCCCUUACGGAAAUUGUCUUGAGUUCGGCCGAAACAAAGGGCCAUAAGGUCACGUUCUCCGAGGGUGAGUAUACCAAGAGUAUUCGGUUUGGCUAUGGGAAGGCGGAUGCACCUACUCCUGGAGAGUCUCCG